AUGCCUCCACCCUCCGUUUCUCCUUCUCGGUCUCCAGCAGCGGCGGCAGCAGCAGCUGCCGCGGCUGCUCACGUUCCUCCCUAUCUUGCUAUGAGGUAUAGCCCGGCUCCUCAAACGGCACCUGCUCCUUGCACCUCUCCAUCGGCCAUUCAAAAGAAGACAAGCCCGUCACCGCUUCAGCAGCAGCAGAACAUGGGCUCUGGAAGUGCAGCAGCUCUUUAUGGUCGGCAAGGACUUGCUGGAGUCCAAGUGGUCGGAUCGGCUGGAAUCUCUAGUGGAACAUCAGUUCAGUGCCGGCCAGACCAAACGAUUCCUCUUUCACUCAUAACUCCAAGCAAAUCAAGUCAACCGGAAUCGGCACCUCCCCCGGCGCACACUGCCCGGAAUACGGACCGAGAUCGUGAGAGAGAGAUGCGAGAACGUGGAAGAGAUGUUCGGAUUUACCCACACAACACCUUUUCACCACUGGCUCAUCAACUUCCUCCUCCCCAACCUCUAUUGAACACUGGCGCAAGCAAUCGAGGUGGCCCUGGGCCGCCUAUGCCUCAGCAACAACCACUCGAUUUGGGAACUUAUAGAGAGGACUCUCCAAUUCCGCUGAUUUCCUCUGCCCGCCUAUCGACUGUUGAUUUCCCUUUAGCGCCAUUGAUGAGCGUGGCUGCAUUAGUUAACGCUGGAUACUCUACGAGUGCCACGGCUCAAGUAAAACCACCCAGUAAUCCGGCCAGUGCGUUUUCAAUGGGCUUGGCAACUCCGCGCCAUCCAUCAGAUACACCACCCCUCUUGAUGUCUUCAGUACCUGUAACUUGUAAUCCAAUCGAUCGGCCGGUAGAAAUUUCCAGUCGCCCAUUGGUUAUAAAGAGCGAGCCCGGUGUUGAAGUUACCCCACCACCUGUGGAACAAGAUCGAGUCACUGCCGUAAGCCGAUCCCCUCCAGUGGUUGCAGCACCUGUCGUCGUCGUCAAACAGGAAGAAGUCAAAGUCAAACAAGAGCCAAUUCCGACAACACAAUCCAAUAACAGCACGUGGAGUAACCCCGGAAGUAGUAGUAAUGCCACGUCCAGCAGUAGCAGCAGCGGCGCCAAACCAGCAGUGCACAAGUUAAAGAAGGCUUGGAUUCAACGACACACGGGUGGUGACGAGGUUGUUGUGAAACCAACUUUCAACAGCGUUGAUAUAAAACCGGAGCCAGUGGACCGGAGUAGCCCAGGCCCGCUGAAAAUGGCCCGGAAAGCAACUUCUUCCGUCAAGAGCGAGAUCAACGAGGAGGAUCCGGAGCAGGCAAACAGAAGCCACGAGCAACUGCUGCGGCUACCAAAGAUAAGCGAGCCAAAACGGUUGCAGCAGCGGCCGCCACCGUAUCUGCCACUCCAGCCUCAUCGACAGGAGGUAGCAGUUCAGAGGGGGAGGCCUCGGAAUCGGAAAACGACGUUAAUAACGGCGGAGGAGGUCGCACGAAAAAGGGCGGAGCCGUGGCUGCACUCAAGGAGAGUUGCGGCAAGUCUGGUGCCGGUGGUGCAGGUCGCGGCUCUUUGGCUGGACGGCAGAGAAACAGUGAUAGCAGCAGCAGCAGCAAAGAGGGCCAACCAGUCCGCAAAGGCCGGGCAGGAGGAGGAGUUUCAGGAUCUACUGGCGCCGCCGUCGCCCCAGGAAAUUCAUCGCCGUCUGGGCCCAACGCCAAGCCAGGGUCGGCGCAAUCCUUUUAACAAACCCCCCGUUCCCGUGCUGAAAAAGAGCGGCGAAAGUUUUCUUCAGGAUGCUCCCUGUUGGGAAGUCGCGCCCCGUUAGGCCAAGUGCCGCGAAUGCCGUCUCACUCCUCAUCAACGACGCAGGAACGAACAGCAAAGCAAUGCCAACAUCUUUUGCCGCUUCUACGCUUUCCGGCGGCUACGAUACACCAAGUCGGGCCAGUUGGCCAUCGCUGGCUUUUCCGAUCCGUUAAAGGAUGCAUCUGAAGAUGACUUGAGACUAUGGCUGCCUUAGCCGGAAAAGUCUGUCCAAGAGCUGGAUGUUGACAUGUCGCUCUUCCUCCUCUCCCACGUUGGCGACCAGUUUUGCUGGAUGGUUCAAACGGAAAAAGAAGCAAAGGCCGAGGCGCUGGCAGCUGAGGCGGAGGAUGGUGACACAGUUCAACAACAAAUAGCCUGGAAACGAGUUGUCCAGGAAGUGCGUGAAAUGUGCGACGUAUGUGAGACGACUCUCUUCAAUUUCCACUGGGCGUGCGGAAAAUGCGGCUAUGUAGUGUGCAUCGAUUGCUACAAAACGCGGAAGGCUGCCAAAUCCCCAUCCAAUGGAAGCGGAAGUGGCAACAAGGAUGACGAAAAAGAGGAAAAGGAUAAAGAGCGUGAUCUUCACGGGUGGUUGUUUUGUACUAGUCGAUCGGGACACGACCCAGACAAGUUGAUGCCGACCCAAAUCAUAGCAGGCAAGGCUCUGGAGUGCAUGGAACGACUGGUGCAUUCUUACCGGAAGCAGUGGAAUAUAGCCGAGUUUUGUGAUUGCCCCGAAGGCAAGAAAUCUGUCGAAACCACCGAGUCAAACGGCUCUGUCAACAACGGGUCCAAUGGCAUCUGCAAGAGUUUGAACGCCGGAUCUUCUAAAACCGACGGAAUGUCAAACGGUGACGCCGAUGGUAAAGGUGGCGUCGAUUCUGAAUCUGUGAAACCUGUCAAUGGAAAUCCAGCUCAGUCGGACUCAAAGAACGGGGGCAACCAAACCGGUUCGUCACUGUUGAACGUGUUGGCUGACGUGGCUUUAACCAAAGAAAAGAAGCCGGGCAAGUCAAAGAACGGGUACGGUGGUGCUGCUGUAAAAGGUGAGGCUGUUGAUGGAGCAGCAACAGCAAUUGGGUCCGAUGGUGAAUCCGAUUUGCCCAGCGACGAAGAGGAAGGUGGCGAACACUUUUCAACGCUUAGAGAACUGCUCAUCCGCCCGGCACCCAAGACCAGCUCUGGCAAGAAUUCUGAACAAAACACGGGCCCUGUCGCUAAACGGCAACGCAUGGAAACGCUUGAAGAUGUCAUUUCUUGCGUCAUUGAACGAGGAGUCGAUCGUGAACCCAGUCCCGAGGCUUCCAACUCCGUAAAUGCUGCCGCUGGGUCUUCGCCCAACGCUUCCACUGCCGCCGUUGCUGCCGCUCCAGGCAAAUACUCUAAUGGGGAGCCUGAAGAGGUUGCAGUUGACGUUGAAUUAGUGCACUUUAAGCGUCGUGGAGACGCAUUCAAGACGGUACUGAGUCGUGGAAUGCUUCCACCUCGCAUCAUGGUUCUUUCGGAAUCAUUGAAAGCUCAUCCAGACAUCCCACAUUCGUGGCUCUGUACGGGGAAGUUGCUGAGAUUGCAUGACCCCGGAAAUCCCAACAAUUACAAACUCUUCCAGGACUCUUGGAAACGAGGGCAGCCUGUCGUAGUUUCUGGAGUGACCCAGCUUAUGGAUCAAUCCAUCUGGCAUCCGGAUUCCUUUCUCAAAGACUUUGGGGACAUCAAGAACGACCUCAUUAACUGUAUGACAGGCAUCACUGUCCCCAAUCAACCCAUGAGGAAGUUUUGGGAAGGUUUCGAGCGUCUCACAAAGAGACUCAAAGACGAGAAGGGUCAACCGAUGCUCCUUAAAUUAAAGGAUUGGCCUCCUGGUGAUGAUUUCGCCGAGUUGUUGCCAACUCGAUUCAGUGACUUGAUGAAAGCCCUCCCACUGGCCGAAUACACCCAUCGCAAUGGACGUUUGAAUUUGGCUGGCCGAUUGCCCGAAUGCUUCGUGCGGCCGGAUCUCGGCCCCAAAAUGUACAAUGCUUACGGCUCGGCUUUACUAUGCUCCAAAGGGACGACCAAUCUUCACCUUGACGUCUCGGACGCGGCCAACGUCAUGGUCUAUGUUGGAUUACCCAAGGAAGCCAACAGCGAAGAGCAUAUCAAGGAGGCUUUUAAGGCAGUCGAAGAGUCGGGAUGCGAUUUCCUUACUCGAACGAGAGUUGAAACCGGUGGGGAAAUACCCGGCGCCCUGUGGCACAUUUAUCAAGCCAGAGAUGCGGACCGCAUUCGGGAUUUCUUGAACAAGGUUGCUCUGGAACGAGGAGAACGGCUCGAGCCUCAUCACGAUCCUAUUCACGACCAGAGCUGGUACCUCAACGGAGAACUUAGGAAACGAUUGUAUAAGGAAUAUGGAGUGGCUGGCUACGCUAUUCUUCAGUGUUUGGGUGACACAGUUUUCAUCCCCGCGGGAGCGCCUCAUCAGUUGUAUUAAAGUGGCGGGGGAUUUCGUCUCUCCCGAGACGGUGGCUCACUGUUUCCAGCUGACGGCCCAGGAGUUCCGCCACCUCUCUGAUUCCCAUACCAAUCACGAGGAUAAGCUUCAGAUUAAAAACAUCAUCUACCACGCGAUGAAGGAUUCUAUAGCGGCGCUAGCCCACGCUAAGAACGUAACAUUCGUGGAGCUUUUGAAAAUCUAUGAAUCCUUUGCUACCGGCAGUCCGGCACUGAUUCGAACAAUUAGUCCCAAACUGUCAUCGUGCCCAAAUUCAAUGUAGUUUAUUGAUUUGAAAGGAGAGAAAAAUAGGCUGCUAUUACUAUUUUACAGCCGUUAUUAAAGUGAGGCUAACUAUCGGAAGAGAUCUUAACACGGGAUAUGGGCUGCACAGUGUGCAAUCUUGUUACGUUGAAGGUAUGUGUGCCUUGGGAGAAUGAAAUAGAAUAGCAUUGAUCUCAAGUUCGGUGGGACUUCUAUCUUAUCUUUUUGAUUUUUCUUUUUCUUUAUCGACUUUUUCCCUCCUUUUGUUUUUGUACAUGUAAUUCAACAAGAUUUUCACGGCUUCGCCGUGAUGAUAUCAAAUGUGAAACAUUGGAAAACGUUUCCCGUCCUGUUCUUUUUGUCCAGUUCGAUCCCACCAAAAUUCAACGAGGCAGUUGUAAAUAUUGUAGAUAUUUAUGCAUACUUUGGUCUCGAAGUGGACAGUUUUGAUUGUAUCUUGGUCUGUGUUCUCAAUGAACCUGUGUUUUCUCGACUUUUCUGAAUUGUUUUAGAUGGAUGUGUCAUUCAUGUUUGUAAAACCCGUGCGGAUGGAACAGGCUUGUUGGUUUUGUAAUUACAAUACAAUAUCGCUUAAGAACAUGGAA